AUGCACUACGCCCCCUGUCUGGAAAUAGUCUCAGACAUUGGUAAAUACGACUGGGGCGGUGCGGCGUUGGCUUGCUUGUAUAGAUCAUUGGAUUCUUGUUCCAGGGGUAGGUCAUCAAGCAUGGGCGGGUAUUGGAGGGCAUGGGAGGUAUGGGCUUGCGAGUACCUAAAGCCGUUAGCUUUAUCAAGGCCCAGUGGGACCUUGAACACGUGGCCCAGAACAUUGAGGUGGGUUGGUGCAAAAUCAAAGCGGGACUUGCAACAUCACUUGGAACAUUUUAGAGUGAUGAUGCGACAUCUAACAAAUGAUCAGGUUAAUUGGAACCCAUGGGGGACCAAUGAAUCCGACAUGCCGGAAGCCGUCAUAAAUAGUGUGUCGGCAACCCGUAAACGAAUCCUACUUGAGGGACCAGCUGGUUCAGCCUGGUUUUUGGGAGAGCGAGUCGCAAUGCAAAGUUUAGGCACCACAGAACCUCAAGUACCCAAAAUUCCACCGACGACAAUGCUUUCUGAUUAUAAGCUAAAUGAUGAGGCAGAAGUCAGGGAAGCACUGAAUGGGUACCCCGCUUCAGAAUGGCUUGCAAAUUCAUCCAACUAUGGCCACUACAGAGAUGAGUACAUAAGGUACCGCCACUAUGAGGACUUGCGUGAAGCGGAAGGAGAAGAUCGAAAUCUCGGAGGGGCCAAAAUCAGGGUAGGAAACAUCUCUCCUCAGCCAUGGUCAGUGCGAAUACCAUGCUGGGCAGCCGAAAAUGGAAGUAAACUUGUGCGGAUACCGCGUGGCCAAGAUAGCCUUGAUCUACCAUUACCUGCUGGUGUGACACAUGUAACUGCUGAAGCUGCGACCGAGAUUUUAGAGCUGAAUGCUGGGUUGAAUGCCGUACUUUUUUCAACUUCAUUGGAAGCAAGCAUAGAGAUCAGUCUCCUACGGCAAGAGAUUGCCAAAUUGAAGAACACCUCGGGAACAACCAUUGGAAGUUCAGGUAUUGGUGAAGACGUCAUAGAUGAUGAUGCGGAACAUGAGUUUCGCACAAAAUUUAAAGCUGACCACCUAGACGUUGGGGAUGAGGAUGAGCAAGCCGAUGAGGACGAGGUUGGGGAUGAGGAUGAGGAAGCCGAUGACGGCGGGGCCGCAGCAAAGGGUAAUCUGACUGCAGAACAAGACUCCCCACUCCAAAAAGGCAAAGUUCAGAAAUGUCUUCGUCCACGUACCCCAAAGAGAAAGAAAACCAAGUAA